AUGUUGAAGCCCAAUGUUUCUCUGCGCUCGUCGACACCCGCACGCCGUACCCUCGUUGCACCCCCUCAGCCAAACAGUGGUCCCUUGCUCUCACGACGAGCUGACCGAGAGCUCCCCUCACUUGGCUCACACAGACGGUGGCUGCGCACUAUACCAAUAUUUCUUGCGAUAAUUGGCGUGUCAAGUCUCGCGAUAUUCAAUUACCAGAAGUCUUCAUCCAGUAUCGUUAGCAGUACUCUGUACGCUCUGCGACACUCUCCCAAGGCCCGGGAGCUCCUUGGAGACGAGAUAUAUUUUGCACAGCAGAUACCGUGGAUAAGCGGAGAGAUGAACCAGCUUCAUGGCCGUAUCGACAUUUCAUUCUGGGUCAAGGGAACUCGCGGCAAGGGAAAGAUGCGAUUCAAGAGCACGAGAGAGAGCAGAUUAGGCUACUUCAACACCGAAAUAUGGAGUCUUGAGAUGGAAGAUGGCACAGCUGUGCCGCUACUCAACCAGACCGAAGAAGAUCCAUUUAAGGGCGCAAUAUAA